AGGUCCUGUUACCAAGUCCAUACCUUCUGUUGAUCUCUAUCAGGAGCUGGCUCAGGCCGGGAUUGCUGCAGUCCCAUUGGAGACGUAUCCAGGGAAUAUGGCUACAGACCAGGCAUUUUCCAAUGGUCAUGGGCACCCACAGGGCAGCCUGGGCUGGGCGCUGCCACCUGCCAGACGACCCCGGGGAAACCUCACUGAAGGACAGCACUGGGACUCUGAGAGGUGGCACGUGCUCUUCAGAGCCUUCCAACACCCAGAGGACGCGGACCCCCUCCAGAGCGUGCACACAAUGUCUGCGCUCCUCCAUCGCUGGCUGAGGCCCGAUGUGCUCACCAAGAAGCAGAUCUUGGAUAAGCUUCUGCUGGAGAAGUUCAUGACCUGCAUGCCCCUGGAGCUGCAGGUCUUGGUGAAGGAGAGGCGCGUGCAGAGCUUCGAGGAACUGAAGGUCUUGCUGAGAAAUAAGGAGAAACCCAGGAAAUGGAAGGUCAUCACCUUGCAAGAGCAGAAGUAUCUUCUGGAGAAUUCCUAUGUCCAGGUGGCCGAUGAGGAAGUCGGUGACACAGACUAUGUGUUGGACUUGUCCAUGAAGUCCCCAUCCCCCAUCAGUCAGACGGGGGUACAUCCUGAGAACAGCCAGGAGGUCAAUGGACAGCCGGGGAACCAGCCAGGAACCUGUGACGUGGUGUGGGGACAGGUGAGUGUGUGA